ACCAGAUAAGUAUAACAUAUUGGACAUGUUAUUUUGUAUGUGUGUAUAUAUGCCAGAACUCAUAUAUAAACUAUUUAUGAUACAAAUAUAUAAACAAUUACGGAAUAUUUGAAUCUAAUCACUAAACCCCCACCCACGAGUAUAUUUUAAUGAUUGCUGGAGUUAUAUUUGAUGAUUAUCGGCCAUUCAAAUCCAUCCAACCAACCUAUUGUAUGCUUUGCUGCUACCAGAUCACUGCAACUCAUGGUUGCCUCACCUCCUUCGUCAUCGCCAAUCCCUGACGCCGCACCCACCCCAACAUCAUCGCUGCUCCACCUUAUAUAGUUAUGAAUAGAUCAGUUAUUGCCUUUCUAUCGAUGAAAUCGUUGGUGAUCGGAAGCGAUAGCCAGAAAUUAAAAUGAAUGGUGGCGGUGAUUGGAUGUGAUAAUGAUGGUGACGUGAUCAGAUAUAUGUAUAUAUUUCUUGAAUUAAAAACUGAUAAUAACCGAAUAAUAUUGUCAUAAUCACUGAUUUGUACAUUUUUACCAUAAUGAGUUUGUACUAGAGUGUCUAUAUAUCACGCUCAAUAUAACAUAAAUAAUGAUCAACAUUAUCAUUUUAUCAUCAAUUAUCACUCGUCAAAGAACUAUAGAUGACAACAUUACCAUUAGUUAUCGACUCGCCAAAAAACCAUAGACAUAGACAAUAAAUAUGAAUGAAUUAGUUACUCAUUAUCAAAAAAAUAAUAAUUUUGAGAAUAAUUUUAAAACGGGAUAUUUUUAUACAACUAUGUUAAAAUUAUGGUAAUUUUACAUUUUUUUCUCCAGGUUCUCCCCUGUUUACAAUAUAUUCGGAGACACUGAACCGACGCAUUUUCAUGCUGUUUCACUGCAAUUCAAGUUUGCUAUUCAACCGUACGCUAGCCUAAAUUUAUAUCAAUCAUCUUGAGCGUAAAUGCUGUUUUAAAAUUUCAAAUUUCCACCGUAAUUGCUGAUUGAUCUGGAACCUGAUUUUGGUGCGUUAUUCGCUAGUUAUGUCGCGCCUUGAUACUGUUCGAUGAAUUGUCUAAUCGAAAACAAAAUAUAUGCAUGUAUAUGAAAAUGUAAAAGAACUGAGUUUAGGAUCUAAUUGCACAUUCCGAGUCUAUACUGAGAAAUUGCUAGGUAUAAACAACGGUUCGACUUGUACUAGUGAUUAUGACUCUUUACUGCUAGUGCUGCAAUAUGAUUAUUUCGGAAUUGCACCGAACAUUAUAAUUUCAAAUAUUUCUGCAUCAAUAUGUUAUCUAGUUUUAAGCAUCAUUGCAUUUGUGUUUUUUGCAAUAUAAUUGUCGAUUUUUUGUUAUCUGCUACAUUUUUCUUCAACAAAAAUUAUGGCUAGAGUAUCGGAAAUGGUGCUGUUAUCCUUUGGAUUUUGUCAAUAAAUUUAGGUCAAGGCGUAUUUUCUAGGUGAACUUCAGAAAUGCAGUGACAGAUUGCAGCACUGGUAGUAAAGAGGCAUGACUGUGAUUAAAAGCAUCAGUUCCCUAUGAUUUUCGAAUUUACUACUAUAGGAAUUUAUAUCUCAUAAUGUUGCAGUGGAUGGGAGGAUCAAGACGGAAAGUGACAGCGUCAAGGAAAUCAACGCACAAGAGGCAAAAGCAGUAUUUUGAGCAAAGAAAGCAACAGCAGCACCAAGAGUCAGCCUGGAAAGAUGGUUCUUCUGACAUAACAAAUACAUGCACUCAACGUUCUACAAAUAGUCAAUCAUUGGAUAUCCUUAGUUUGAGAGAUCUGAAAACUGUUGAUCAGGAACAUAGAUCUUCUUUCCACGAUGCAAAAGACAUCUUGGAUGGCAACAUUUUGACUUUGGACUCUCGGACUACACCAGAGCUCCCAAAGAUGCAUACUUCGCAAGUAGCUUCAGCUGAUCGGACUGAAAGUGGAGGAGAGUCCUACCAAUUGAAGACAGUGGACCCAGAAAGGGCAUCUAUGAAUUUUCAAGGCAGUCACGACAAAGAUUCAAGUGGAAGUGGAAAAGCCGAAUCAUUAGAGAUGCCUAAUGACCUGCGGCUAUCUGUUCUUGAUUUACUUGGUGAUGAUGGACCUAAUAGCAAUUUAGAAGGAGAUUCGCUACAUGAAACUCAUGUUGCUUUUUCCGUCGAAGGUCUAGGUAAAGUUGGAAUGGAAACACCGGUUCAUUCACCACACCGGCCUAUCAGCAGAGACUUCCCCUAUGGUUGCUCAUUGUCAUCAAGAGUUACAGAAAAUACUCAUUCAGCUAAAAACUUUAUGAGCAGGCAGGAUGACUUUGGAGCAGAAGCGAUGCAGGACUAUAUGGGUGAAGAUGAUGACAUUUCGUACCAUGGAAGCAAGUUACCUUCAAGCUUAAUGAUGGAUUCCUUUAGUUACUUUGAACACGAGAAAGUGACAGGCAAAGGGCGCUUACAGAUUAUCGAUAAGGGUUCCUAUUCAAAUAAUAUCGUUGGAACUGAAUACAUCUUCAACAAUGAAUACGGAAAUGAUAAGAUGUGGGAUGAGAGCUGUACCUUACCAGACAAUGACUUCCUUUUUAAGAGGAAGUGUCAAUCAUCUUGGAAGACCCGGCCUUAUCAAAGAAAUUCAAACUCUCCAGAUUAUUUCAAUUUCGAAAAUCAUGUAGAGAAUGACUUUGCAUUUCAAGGCACUAGCAUAAAUACGAGCAGGGGGUGCACAGGGGGAAUGCAUAUAUUCGAUAACUUCGAUCCAAUAACUCCUUAUGCCAAGCACCAACUACCUGAAAAUCAUCCUGACUUUACUAAUCCAAAAGGAACCUGGUUUCCAAAUCUGCAGAGAACUACUUCUGUUAGAUCGGUAAUCAACCAACCAGCUUGGUCUUCCUUUGAAAGUGAAGAUGAAAGAGAGAAUCUGAGUUUUCUGAGUGAAGAUUUCUGCUCAUCCAGUUCAGGUUGGUACAAAUCAAGUGGUAUCCCGCAGUUUGAUUUAUUGGGAAAAAAAACUAGAGCACAUGGCUCAGAAUAUCGCAGCCCAGUUAGGAGGAAUAGAUAUUGCCAUGAAUUAGACUGCAAAAAGCAGGAAUCAGAAAAUUGUCCAAUACCAACAGCGAAUUUCCAGAAAAGAAAAGGUCCACAUGAGAAAUGGCUGUUUGAGGAUGAAGAUGUUACUGGCAGUAAAAUUUCAGGUUUGGGAUCUUUUUGCCAAACUUCAGGUUUUGAAGAUAGUCAGCCCUCAAGUUUCCAGCAAUGGAAUGAAGAUCUUUAUAAUGUAGAUUCGGUCCCCGAAAUACAAGUCGAUGCCACAUCAUUUUCUGAAAGUCCUUGUGGUGAUUUUCAAGCUAAACGUUCUCCCUUUUGCUUGGAGAAACUGGAAUGCUGCAAACCUAAAAAUUGUAAGCACUCUAGUGAAACCAGUUUCCUCACCAAAACUAGCUCCAGGUCAGUCAAGUCAACUUCAUCUCCAGUAUUUGGUGUAGGAGGUAAUACUAGGUAUCCUGUCAGGGGUAUUGUUUGUCGGGAUGAGAUUCCACAGUGUGAAAGAAAUUGCCUAAAUAGGCAAAAUGAGUUGGAACUCUCAGAGCCCAGUACUGGCAAACCUGAGCAUCACGAAGAUGCUUGUGAUGGGAGUAAUUGUUUGUCCUCAGAGAAUAAAAAUGCUGGGGAUGACUUGGAUGCUGGAGAUAGUUGCAGUCAUUUUAAUGUUGGAAAAGAUAAAAGUCAAGAAAUGGAGUGUCUGAGAGAAACAUGUUUUCCAGAACAAGCAGAAUAUGUAUCAUCAAUUAAGAUCUUGGAGGCACCGGACAGUACUGAGAGUGAUCUUGAGGGGCAAAUGAAGGAGGAUGAUACUGUCUCCAGCUAUCAUAAGAAUGUCCAAACUCAUUUAUCUCAAAACAAAUGUGAAGAUAUAGAAGAGUCAGUACCCAAAGAGAGAAAUAUGGAGAGUAUGAAGAAAAAGAACAUCACCGAUUCAUCUUCGCAGGGGAUGGUGCUUGAAAGCUUUGCAAUUCAACUUCUGUCUGUGCAUGUGCUAAAGGAAGCAUCCAACUGGGGGAUUGGGAACAAGGAAAACUGAUGCAGUUGCUAAAGAAGAGCACUUUCAGCUGUUAUUGCUCAUGAGUUGAGCUUAUCUAUCGAGAAAUCUACUGCAGAAACAUUAUGUUCCCUCCCUGCCGGGCAACUGCUAGAAUGGCGAAGGCAGAGUAAAUUUAGUCGAUCAAUUACUGUGUUAGAAUAGUAUGAUACCAGCAAUCAAACUUGUGCGCCACACUUGUGACCACUAUAUUUUUUUAACUUGUUGCCAAUUUACUUCGA